AUGGAGGACGCGGCAUGGAGCACCAAGAUGCUGCAAGCUUCGUAUCAGAGGGCCACCGGCUGGCCGGAGCAUUUUGAGCACGAGCUCGAUGAGCUGCGCAUCCUUGGGGUCCUCGGCUUCGAGCUGCGAGGCUUUGGGCCGCGGCCACCCCAUCGCUUCCGCUCUGGGGCGGUCUACGUAGGUCAAUGGUGCGGCAAUCAGCGUCAUGGCUUCGGGCGGCAGACUUGGCCGGAUGGAGCUCAGUACGAAGGCACUUGGUCCAACAGCAGUGCAUCUGGGCAGGGACGCUUCAAAUUCCCGGACGGUGCUGUGUAUGUGGGCCAGUGGCGCGGCAACCGCUUCCAUGGCUAUGGUUCGCACUACUUGGCAGAUGGAUCCUCCUAUCGUGGCCAGUGGGCCAGCGGCCAAGCGGAAGGUGACCUUGCGACGUGUGAGAAGGUGCUAUCAGGUCUUUUGCAAGAUGACGUUCUAUUUCGCAGUGAUUUGCUUCGACCACUGCGAAGUGCUGUCAUUCAGCUUGCGAGCAAGUUGUGGAAAGGGAAGAAAGCCGAAGAGAGUGUCGCAGAGCCUCAGCUGAGUCCAACCACCAAAGAGCCACGCGCAGAGCCCGACGUUGGAACCUGCGAAGUGAAGCCAGCGCAAUUCAGCCGGCUGCUCUAUACAAACCCAGUUUGCAUCCUGAGCUCCUGCGAUGCAUCCAUGCGCCGGAAUCUGAUGACGAUCAGUUGGCUGACCCCCAUGGACAACCAAGGGCGUUUUCUGUGCUCGCUAAACAAGAGCAGGCAUUCGGCGGGUGGCGUGCUGUCCCAGCGAGUCUUUGUUCUUAACGUGCCGACUGCGGAGCUUGCCCAGACGGUUUUGGAUGUGGGCGGCUGCAGCGGGAGCUGCGUGGAUAAGAUCGAACGCUUCUCCGAGGCUUUGGGCGGGUGUUGCCGUCCUGGCUGGGAGCCGCUGGAGUGGCCUGGAGACAUGGACCUCGGCGCGCCGGUGUUUGCCCUGGCUGGCUGCGUGGCGCACCUGGUGGUCCGGGUGCAGGCGGACUUGACUGCGGCAUCGGGGCAGGAUGCGCAUCACGUCCUCAGCUGCGCUACGCUCCGCGCCGUGGUGCGGAGAAGCCACUGGGACGGGAAGAUCUUUUCCCCACGGCAUGGGGCCUCGCCUUACUUGACCUUCUUCGGAAGUUCUGUGGCCUGCGGCCGUUGCCGGGGCCAGGCGCUGCCGAACCUUCCCAAGUACGUGGAGAUUACGGAGGAGGCGCUCCUCGCUGCGGCGGUCGUGCAGGGAAAGAGCCUCGCCCCGCACCUGCCGCCGGAGGAUGUGAAAACGCUGCUGGAGUCAGGUGCCCCGCUGGAGGCCAUUGCGGCCAAGGGCCGCACGGCGCUGGCCUGCGCGGCCGUGGCCAAUGACGUGGAGAGCACCCGCCUUCUGUUGGAUGGAGGUGCUCUGAUGGAGGCGCUUGAUGACAGUGGGCGAACACCUUUGGCCUUGGCGGCAUCGUACGGUAACGCAGAUGUCACACAAGUUCUGGUUGAUGCUGGCGCAAAGGUGAAUGCACGAGACAAAGGUCAGAUGACCCCGUUGCUGUGGGCGGCUGUGAAUGGCAACGAAGAUGUGGUGCGUUCCCUGGUGGCCAGCGGGGCAGACAUUGAGGCGGCUGACGACGAUGGCAUGACGGCCAUGAAGCUCGCGGGGGUCUUUAAGCGUACCGGGGUCCAAAAGUGCUUGGCAGAGGCUUCCCAGAAGAGAGCCUGA